AUGGUUGUAAUAGUAACCAUCACUUUUAAAAUGGGUGGACGGGGCUCAGCCCCUUCCCCAAACUUUGAAGAAGAUCUGAAGACUCUCCUCUCUCACAAAAACCUUCGGAUUGAUCUACACAACGCCUCCUUCUACAUAGAAUCUUAUGAAACUAAGCGAACUUUAAUUUUCGAAACUAAAUCUGACUUGGAAAAGGAGCAUUUCGGAAUGUUGUACUUGAUCCUUGGAAGUGUAGGGGUGUCACUUCUAUGCACUGUAUUUGCGGGAAUAUUUUUCGUCAUCUACAAGCGCUACCAGUUGAAGAGGGCCAGGUUUAAUGUCGAAGCGUCAGAUAAAAGAUUGUCUCAGUCCCCGAGAAGUCUUCACCACAAAAUGGAAAUGGACCACACUGUCAGGUUCUCCGAUACCCUCACCUACAGCGUUAACAUAUAUAAAAGCUGCAGUGACCUGAGGUCCCCGGAUUUUUACGACCAGUAUGGCUCCAUAGACUCAAAAACCAACAGUCCCAAAGCUUUAACCAACGCGAAAGUGAAGGAGAAGAAAAAUCUAAGCAACUGGGGUUCGAAUAGCUUUAAAGGUAACCACCAGGAUACGUGGUUGGGGAACGCAAGUAUCUCUGGCGAAGAGAUCAACACACUCACAAAUGUCAAUACUAUAAACUCCUUCAAGAACGACACAACAGAGCAAGAGGAAGAGUGUUUGAACCCUCUGUUCAGGGAGAAUCAAUACAUUCCCAGACUGGGAAAGUCAACAAUACGGGAAGAAAACAUUCCUGUUCCUUCGUCGUGCCCACCCACUCCGGCUAUUACAAAUGAUGUUUUGAGGAGAAUGGAUGACCUCAUCUCCAAGCCUUUCUCAAGCAGCAUCCCUAACAUCAGUACCAAACCCCGCGCUAACUUGGACUGCACAUGCUCCACUAUACCCUCAACUCCAUUCACUAAUAAAACCGCCGCCGCCACCACUGCUACUGUCAACUCAGAUGUCUCUUCACCUUCCUACACCACCACUACAACUUCCUCCAACACUGCUAGCCAGAGAGUCGCACCAAGAACUGCGACCUCUGCAGAGAACCUCUGCCUCACACGUAUAACCUUCCUGGAUCUUCGUGUCUGGUCGCGACUCGCCAAGGCUCUACCGUACCGUCCGCUGGUUCAACCCACUGGGAAGCAGAAGCCGGCCUAGAUGGAGGUCAGCGAGACUGACCAGUUAUGCCAUGGGGUCAAGGAUUCAUGACCCUAUACAGUAUUUACACCUCACAGAUUAGGUGUUAAUUUUUCAUGCUUUCUCGCAAUUAAGAUAACUUGGUUUUUUGUACCACUUAGACGCAAUGCUUAGACAUAAAAAUGCACAGUAUUUUACUUACAGGUGAUUUAUUAUUGUGCCCACCGUGUAUGUACUAAACUCCAUUUGCAUAAAGUGCAAUAUUUUUAACAUUUUUUUAAUUCCCCAUUCCUUAUUAGAGGGACGUGCUAGUUAUACUGCAUAUCGGGACAUGUUACAAAUAUGGUUCGUUCCACAACUACGGGAGAUAGAUCAAUAAUCAACAGAAAGAUGUACCUACACCUGGAGACCUGGAGUUUACCUGGAGAGAGUACCGGGGGUCAACGCCCCCGCGGCCCGGUCCGUGACCAGGCCUACACAUUAGUUAUAUUUCUGGGUUCGAAAAUAUCUUAGUUAUCCAUGUAGUGGACGAUGGCCUAGUCGAGUCUCGUACAUGUCCCUCGAAGUCCUGACCUGACAUGCAAUAAUUCACUCUAGAAUCUGGUGAAGGAGCAAGAUUUUUCCCAACUACGGUUAAUUCAUGUGGAGGGCUUAAACGCAGUUAUCGGCGAUUAUUUUAUAACACUCAACUUUCAGUCCCCUUACCUGGAGUUUGUGCUUCGAUGCACUGAAUUUAAGCUACUCUCUUCUUUCUUGGAUCGGGCAUUAUUGCCUCUCAUUUCCACAGGUGCUUUAUGACCCAUACUGAUUUAGCGCUUCUCCCAAUGAAUAUAAUCAUCGCUCAAUGCAGUUGAAGCAGUUCGGUUAGACCCUCAUUCUAUGCACACAUGUGCUGUAAAUUCUCUCUAAAGAGACUGUGUAUCCGCCAUCCAAACUCGGUGUUGACAAGCCAUGGUUUGCAGUGUGGCAACGCCAUGGUUUGCAGUUUGGACAAGCUGCUGGCUUUCAGUAUGGCAGAUCACUGCUAACAGGCCGCAUGCGACUCGUUUGCUCUUUCAGUGUAACUCAGAUACAAUAUUCUGAAGAGAAAAUAAACCUAUAUAUAAUUUCGCUAGCUUCAGUGAAUGAGUAAACCAGCCGUGAUGAGUAAAAUACUUCGAGUGUAAACUGCCACUCAGACUUCCUACAUUAAUUAUCUAGCAAUAAAACCUACUGCAUUAUCUACCACUUGGACCUGCUGCAUCAUCUAUCAGAGGGGCCCCAGACGAAGGACUUCCUUUAUAACAAAACGUAAUAAAAAAAUUGUUUAAUUAAUAAAAGAAAUUAACGAAUAAAGUGUGUGUGGGGGCAUCAGAAAAUAGAAAGGUUCCCCCCCCCCGCCAUCCUUACUCCCUAUGAAUAGCUUAACUAUUUCUGGUUAGCGUCAGUUUAGAGGUAAAUGACCUGACAGGUUCAGUGUAAUAGUCAACUGAUACAGAGAUUAAAAAAAAAAUGAGGCUAAGAACUUAUCAGGGUUUACCCUCAAGACUUCAGUAGUGUGUUUGUUGAGGAAAUUGUCCAGUUUGCAGCCUUUGCCAAGCUCAGGUCAUGUCUCACUCCAUCUCAACAGGCAGUUUUACUACAUGAUGAAGGGCUUACUGAUACCUUUCCAGGUAUCAAUGUAGCCCUUAGAAUAUAUUUGAGCAUGAUGGUCACUAGUUGUGUGAGAGAAAGGUCGUUCAGCAAACUGGCACUGAUAAAAAAUUAUCUGAGGACGACAAUGACCCACGAAAGACUAAGUGAUCUAUGCCUAUUGGAUGUUGAGAGCGGUGUCCUCAAGAUACAGUUUGAUGAGCGAAAGAUUUGUCAGAUGCUGAGUGUAGAAAGAAAGAGUUUUUUGCAGAUAUUAUUAUUAUUAAAGAUUCGCCGGUAUUCUCAAGGCCCGGGUCUUUUCCAAGUGGUGGCCCGGCCUUGGCUCUCUGUCUUGGGAGUGUCUGAGACCGAAGUCUCCCAUGGGAGGAGGCACAAGUGCCUCAUCUUUGGGACUAAACUGUCCCCAGUCCUAGCCACAAGCUAGGCCCCUCUGGUCUGCCAUCCCCGCCCCAAGGGGACUAAUGGAAUGACAGUCUUGUGAGCUGAGAGCUCGGGCUCAGGCACCUACCCUACCCUAAAAGGGCUGGGCAUGGUGUCGAUUUUUUUUUGCAGAUAUUGCAGUGUGAUUAUGUGAUGCAUAAAUGUGAUGUAUGGUUUGCUAAUUCCAAUUACUUAUGUAAUGCUUGAUUUGUAAAUUUGGUGAUUUGCUGCAGACUGGAAAGAUUAUGCAAGAAAUUUACUUAUCCCAAUCUUCAAAAGUGUAAUUAUGUAUUAGGGUAAAUA